CUUACCAACCCAACCAAACGCAUAAAAUGCUGCAUAACUGAAGCCCCAUUUCAACUAAAGAAACAGUCAAAGAGGCACCCAAAACCUCCCGCCAAUUACGCAGUCUUGUCCCUCCACUUGCUCCCCCUUCAAAAUUAAAACCCCACUUCACGAUCUCAUCGAAACACACAACAGAAGCGUCCCCUACCAUGGGCAAAGAAGAGCAAGAAGGGGAAGAGUACUUGUUCAAGAUUGUGCUAAUUGGCGACUCAGCUGUGGGAAAAUCAAACCUUUUGUCAAGGUUUGCAAGGAAUGAGUUUGACAAUAAUUCAAAGGCAACUAUUGGAGUAGAGUUUCAGACGCAGAUGGUGGAGAUUGAUGGGAAAGAAGUGAAGGCACAGAUCUGGGACACUGCUGGUCAAGAGAGGUUCAGAGCCGUCACUUCUGCUUACUAUAGAGGUGCAGUUGGUGCCCUCGUUGUUUAUGACAUUACCCGAAGAAGUAGCUUUGAUAGCAUUAAACGCUGGAUUGAGGAGCUCACUACUCAUUGUGAUUCUACGGUGGCAAGAAUGCUGGUGGGAAAUAAGUGUGAUUUGGAGAAUAUAAGAGAUGUUAGUAUAGAUGAAGGCAGAAGCCUUGCUGAAGAAGAGGGAUUAUUCUUCAUGGAGACAUCUGCACUUGAGUCUACUAAUGUUCAAACGGCUUUUGAGAUUGUUAUCCGGGAAAUUUACAGCAAAGUUAGUAGGAAAGUCAUAAACUCUGAUGCAUACAAAGCUGAGUUGUCCGGCGAUCGAGUCACCUUAGUCAAGAAUGGAGCUAACCCAAAGGAAAGUAUGAUCAAUUUCUCAUGCUGCACCAGAUGAUCUCUGUUCCUUUGAUUUCUACAUUUGAUAAUUACUUAUAACUGGCAAUUCAAUUUCAUCUGCUGUUUCUACGAAGUUUAUUUUCCAGUUUUGAUGAAAGUUUUCAUUAGGUUGAGGUAUUAAAUAUGAUUGUAUUUGUAAUUCUAAAAGUCAAUUAUUCAGAUGGUUGUUUCCCAAAUAAAAUGGAGAAUUUAAUAAAAUGGAUCUCACAGAUUACUCAUA